AACGUUGAGCAUUACUAAUGUGAUAUUGCCACAAAUGUAUUAUUACCAAUAUAAAGAUCGCAUAUAACUGACAUGUGGAAUGUUUGCGUUUAGGUUUUAGUAUUCACUGUGUAUCGUUAUUUUUCACGGAUGUCAACAUUACUGCGUAUCGUUAGCAUUUAGCAAACGUGUAACCUUGCGACACCAAACGCAGCCAGCCAAAUUUCACCAACGCCCGAUGAAGAUCAAUCUCCUUUAGACGAGACAUCCUCUCUGCUGGGUAGUUUACUAGCCAUGUCCUCACAGCAACCCAACAGUUCAGCCUCCAACAGCCCCACCAGCAUUAUAGGUUCUCCUUUCUCAGUCAUCAGUCCCACACUUAACUCCCCAGUGAUUUCCCCUUCUCUGGGAUUUGGACCCGUCAGCAACAGUCAGAUCUCUUCUUCGGCAUCUAUAUCCGGGAUGCACUCAAUCAACAGCUCGGAGGACAUCAAGCCUCCAUUUGGUUUGAGGCCCAUGCCACCUCACAGCCCUGGAGCAAUGCUGUCUCAGAAACGCAUGUGUGUCAUCUGUGGCGACCGCUCUUCUGGUAAACAUUAUGGUGUAUACAGCUGUGAGGGUUGCAAGGGUUUCUUUAAGCGAACCGUGCGCAAAGACCUGAGCUACACCUGCAGGGAUAACAAAGAAUGCCUAGUUGACAAACGCCAGCGCAAUCGCUGCCAAUACUGCCGCUACCAGAAGUGCCUGGCCAUGGGCAUGAAGAGGGAAGCUGUUUCUGUCAAGUUUUUGUCAAGACGGCAUAAAUUCAAUCUUUCUGAAGCGGUCCAGGAGGAGCGCCAGAGGAACCGAGAGCGCGAGGGAGAGCUGGACUUCAAUGUAGGAGUAAAUGAGGAGAUGCCUGUUGAGAAGAUCUUGGAGGCAGAGACGGCAGUGGAGCAGAAGACUGAGCUUCAUUCUGACAUGGGCAACUCUCCCCAUGAUGCUGUUACCAACAUCUGUCAGACUGCAGACAAACAGCUGUUUGCCUUGGUGGAGUGGGCAAAGAGAAUCCCUCAUUUCUCUGAACUGCCUCUUGAUGACCAAGUCAUUCUUCUGCGUGCAGGGUGGAAUGAGCUCCUCAUUGCCUCCUUUUCCCAUCGUUCCAUUGCUUUGAAGGAUGGAGUUCUCUUGGCCUCCGAGUUGCAGCGCGACAGUGCACAUGGUGGAGGAGUGGGAGCCAUUUUUGACCGGGAGAGUGUGCAGAGCGCAGAGGUCGGUGCCAUAUUUGACAGAGUCCUUACUGAGCUUGUCAACAAAAUGAGAGAUAUGCAAAUGGACAAAACAGAAUUGGGAUGCCUCCGAGCCAUCGUCCUCUUCAAUCCAGAUGCUAAAGGUCUCUCCAACACUAGUGAGGUGGAGCUCCUUAGGGAAAAGGUCUAUGCAUCAUUGGAAGCCUAUUGCAAACAGAGAUACCCAGAGCAGCAAGGAAGGUUCGCCAAGCUCCUGCUUCGACUGCCAGCGCUGCGCUCUAUUGGCUUAAAGUGCUUGGAGCAUCUUUUCUUCUUCAAGUUGAUCGGUGACACACCUAUUGACACUUUCCUCAUGGAAAUGCUUGAAGCUCCCCAUCAGUUGUCUUAGAUAGGAAAUGUGUACUGUGGUUAGGGUCAGAUAGUCUGGGAGGCUGGAGUGGGACUGGAGUGGCACUUUAAGUUUUUGAAGAUUUGUCAGUUUGUCUCACUGCUGUCUGGGUUACACUUUUUUUAGUGCAGCACAGAUUUGCUCUUUAGACCAAACCCAAGGCUUGGUGUGAUCUACAAGCUGGUGCUAUGUGUUGAUGUAACAUCAUGAGUAACCAUGGUUUCAAGUACAAAGUAUUUUUAAACAUUAAGAUAUUUCCCUCACAGGAAUAGCUAUAAUUUGGUACUCAUUUUUAUAUUGACCUUUUAGACAAUUCACACAUUAAGCUUCAAUUGAUUCUCCAAGUGAACUGAUUCCUAAAACCUGUUUUUUCAGAAGGAGGGCAACCUGAAUCAUGAAUAUGCAGUACAGACAUAGUCUUUUUUUAUAAUUUUUACUUCAAGUCAGAUCUAAAAUCUUAAAAUGUUGUACCAAACACUCACAGAACCAAUAACUUUGGGUUUAGUUAUAUCCAAUGUAAAAGAUGAAAAUUCUAGUCACUGGUUUAAACUGUCAGGUCUGACUUGCCUCUGUUAAUAAGCUUUAUGAGUCUGCUUAUAUACAGUUAGUGUUGUUUACUUUACCAUUUUAAAAUCUAAUUGCGGUUAACAAUUCGACUGCACUGCACACCUACUCUGUGCUAGUUCAAAAACCUAUUUGUAAAACAAAUGCCUGGGCUCUGUAUGGUCAGGUAUUUGUCUUUUGGUGCUAUAUGAGAUCAUUUGACAUUUGUGGUGCAGACACGCACCAAACCACAAACCUAAGAAAAUAUGCAAAACUGAAAAUCCCUUUAUUAAUAGUUAAAAAUGUAGCAAUAUCAAACUUAAAAGCUGCAUAAGAGCUUUCUGCAUGUCAGGUGUUUUACAAAGCAAAUCAUGUCUGGUGGAAAGGGAAUACUUGUUAUAAUUUAUCUAUUCAGAUCUACGGUACUGUGCAAAAAAGUAAUUGUUCAGGGAAAAUGUAUAUUGACAAAUUUGAAUCUCGAUCAGGAAAACAAGUUAUAAUUCUUGAUGUGCCCUUUAGUUUUAAGUUAGUAUAAAGCAGAACAUGUCUUGGGUUGCACUGGAUUUGCUGAGACAGUUUCAGCUUGUUUUUACUCUUUGUGCUUGAUGCUCAGUUGUAUUUUCCACUUCCUCCCCUUUGUUAGGUAGCUUAUCUUGUUUAUCUUAAUGUCUCUGCAAUUUAUUAAAAAUAAAGCAUAAUACCAUUUAGACCCAUAACACCUGUGGACACAUAGGAAUUUUAAACAAGACCAAAUGGGAUCUGCAUGAUGACCAUGUGUAAACACCAGAUGAGCCAUAUUGGUCAUUGACUGCUACAGCUCAGACAUGAAAGUGACUUGAAGCAUGGGUUGUGUGGACUAAAAAUAAAGAGGCUUAAGUUUU